AACAGACCGACCGUUCCCCUAACUGACACUGCAAACCCAAGUGACAGGAAUGGAACCAGGGGUGCAAUGGCCCCUCCUCUUGAAGUACAGAGAAGGAUGCUAGCCCAGCCCAUGAGGGCCACAGAGCUCUGCAGAUCAGCACCAUGUCCUGGACUCCUGUCCUACUCAUGCUACUGGCCUAUUGUACAGGUUAUGGUACCCAGCCCGUACUGCAUCAGCCCCUGUCUGCCUCCUCAUCCCUCGGAACUGCAGUCCGCCUAACCUGCACCCUGAGCAGUGACCAUCAUAUUGGCUUUUACAGCAUCUUCUGGUACCAGCAGAGGCCAGGGCAGCCUCCGAGGUUCCUGCUGAGAUACUUCUCAUACUCAGACAAGCACCAGGGCUCUAAGGUCCCCCCUCGCUUUUCUGGAUCCAAAGAUGUGGCCAAGAACCAGGGAUAUUUGAGCAUCUCCCAGCUGCAGCCUGAGGAUGAGGCUAUGUAUUACUGUGCUGUGGGGACCCAGAAUAUAGAGAGGAAGAAGGCAGUGGAAAGGGAGAGGGAGGAAAGACAGGAUCCUGAUGCUUCAGGGUCCCAGGAACCCAGGGUACAUAUACCUUGACCUGAAGAUGGGUCCGCUGGGGGAAACUGGUGUGGGGAGGAACAUGGAAGCAUGGGACUGUGCCAAGCCAAGAGGAAAACACUCACCUUUUCCUUGCCCAGGAGUGUUGCUGUAACCCCACUGGUGGCUGGAUUACAGAAUUAAAGCUGUUUAUGUCUUGGGAAGUUGUUUUUCUGAGUUUGAUGUGCCUGGUACAUGAUCUCAUAGGAUGACUCCAAAACUAAACUAGGGCAAAUGUCCCAGGGAACUGAUCAGUUGUGGUCACACGGACA